GCAAGAAACAGUUUAAAAUUGAACAAGAAAGAGGGAUGAAGAGUUUUGCGCUGUUUUAUUUCCUUUUGUUGGCUCCAGCCUGCGUUUUUGUCGCUCGAGCUGACAAGGAAAUUCUCGCUGUCGAUGAUGCUUCCGAGUUGGGAAAUCCGCCUGAUAUAACAGUUGAAAAAGAACAAGCUGACGAAAAAGACACGGAAGCCGACGAAGAAGAGACGAAAGAUGACGAAGAAUACACGAAAGACGACGAAGAAACCGAAGAUGACGAAGCCGAAGAAGAUGAAGGUAUUCAGAUUUAAUUAAGACCAGGCAAUAAUGGCUUAACUCACUGCUGCAAAGGUUUCCAAGCAUAUUCACAGUAGAUAU